UGUAAACGAUAUCUCCCGGAGAGAGGUAUCUUCGUCAAUCUAUACAUUGUCUAUUUAAAUUCAUAAAUAAUAUUGUAUUAUAUUGUCAUGUAUGUUGUUCGGAAAAUAAAAAUAAACAUUUUCUUGGUGGUAUAGUGUUUUCUGUAUGUAUAAAUAAUAUGUUCUGUGGUUGUUGAGUGUAUAUGACUAUUCGGCUCCAGAAUGUCUGAUGAAUUAGAAGCCAGAAUGUGGGAUGAAGGUGGGUCCAGAUACGAGAGCAGAAGUCGGGGGGCUUAUUUUGAGUCCGCAUUUGCUUCUUCAGAACAUUUGGAUCGCGCGCCCUUGUUAUCAGAGGAGAGCUACACGGAGGUGUCGGUGGCCGUGGCGCCUGAUGCUGAGGAGCAUUGCCACUGGCCCAGAUCUGAACCGCCAAGUGCCGUACCACAACUGUUGGCCGCACUUAUACUGUGUGGUAUAUUUAUGAUCUGUGAAUUGGUCGGCGGUUACCUGGCGGGUAGUCUUUCCGUCAUGAGCGACGCUGCUCACAUGUUAAGCGACUGUGGCGGAUUCGCCCUGGCCUUGCUGGCAUUCCGCUGUGCCAAUCGACCCCCGGAUGCCACAAUGUCCUAUGGCUACCGAAGAGCUGAGGUACUGGGAGCGAUGACGUCAGUUCUUCUCAUAUGGGCCCUAACUGGUAUAUUCGUGUACGUGGCGGCUAUCCGGAUACACACGGGGGAGUACGACAUAGAACCGGACAUGAUGAUGCUGGUGUCGGGCUGUGGGGUGGCCUUCAACAUCGUGCUGGCCCUGGUGCUACAUGGAUGUGCCUCUGAUAUUGCGCACCACCACUCUCACGGAGGGGCGGCGUGUUCCCACACCAGUCCCAAGUUCCGUCUUUUCAGACGUGAACAGAAGAACGGUGCGGUUGCCAACGGGGACUACUCAAUGAAGGACUUGUCGAGCACUGAAGCACACGUCAGUGGAGGAAAAACCAGGAAUAUAAAUCUUCGCGCUGCACUUAUCCACGUGAUCGGUGAUCUCAUACAGAGCUGUGGGGUUCUACUGGCAGCUGUACUCAUAAAAAUAUACCCGGACGCGAAGGUCAUUGACCCCGUGUGUACGUUCGUGUUCAGUGUUCUGGUGCUGAUGACGUCAGCCAGGGUCGUCAGGGACGCCAUCGCGGUCCUCAUGCAAGCGGUGCCCGGAGACUUUAGGUAUCGCGAGUGUGUCGCCGCCCUGUCAGCUGUUAACGGUGUGAGACACGUCCACUCUGUGCACGCGUGGGCUCUCUCUACACACCACACUGUGCUCACAGCACACAUCGCUAUCGACGAGCUGUCCGAGUGGGAGUCCGUGCUGUCCAGCUGUCAGCAGCUAGCUCGUCGGCAGUUCGAUGUGAGCAGCGCGGCCUUCCAGCUGGAGAGAUACAACACGGCCAUGGACACCUGCACCAAGUGCAUGCAGCCCGCAGCUGGGCCCUGACCGCCGAACACGCUCAGCCGACCGGGAGCCGAUUAAAUGACAACGGCUGAGCGACGAAAACGAGGUACGGAUUAAAAUAUUAUAAAUUAAAAAAAAAAAUAAACACUACAUUGACUAAAUUAAUGACUUUUGUUGAGAUUUAGAUCGGUGGGAUAACGUGAAUUUACAUACACAGGAUAUUAGGUCUAGGCUACAUGUAUUGGAUGGAACUAAGGAUAUGCGUACAUUUCCUUACAAUUAUUAUACUUAUAUUAUGUAAGGGCUUAGUACUUAUUGAGUUAAUGUAUAUAAUUUCUUAAAAAAACUAAAUUUAAAUAUAAUCAGUGUCAUGUGCAAUAUUUUUUAUUACAUUUGUCUUCCUUUUAUAGUCUUUAUUUCUUGAUACCUCACCUGUGACUUCAUUAUUAUUAUAUAUUCUGAUUCUCAUAUUAUACGUUACUGGCGUUCGAGGAUUCGAGGAUUCUUAAAUCCCGGUAGUUCUCGGACGAUCGUUUUCGAGACUCUUCUUGUUUAAGAUGCGAUUGUGAUAAUAGACGCUAAUAUUAAGCUAAAUGUAUUCUUAGUUGUAAGCUACGUUCUGUUAACGAGACACAUUACGCAACAUUCCGAAGAAAAAAAGUAUUAAAAUUCAUUGUAUUUUUUAAAAUUUUCAAUCAUUUAUAUAAAAACUAUUAUAAAAAAAAACUCAUAUUUUUAUUAAUUUAUUUUCAAUGUCAGAUAUAAUAAUAGUUUUUAUUUAAAUGAGUUUGUUAGUUAUAAGAAAAAAUAAUAUUAACUGUAGCUGAAAUCUGAAGAAUUUGUAUCAAUUAAAUAGAAAUGUACGCUUUUUGGUAGUCUUUUGGUAGAUAAUAAAAUCAUUGGCUGAUUUUUCUAGUUCGAAGUAUUAUUAGUGCCAAAGUAAGAAAUGUACACUCAUACGAGUAUAGUACAUCUAGACACACUUGUUGACCUGCAUAAACAAUUUUAUGUGUUCGUUACUAUUUUUAUAAAUUAUUUCAUAGAAAAUUUUAAUAUUUACUUAUUUUUUUUUUUUGUGGUAUCGAUGUUUGCUUUAAAGUUGGUACAAUAGUUAAUUUUUAUUAAGAACUGUCAAAUACGUACGUUCUCAGAAUUGAUUUCAACCGGACUAUAAACUUUUGGCGCCAACUAAAUGUCACUGUCAAAACCUGAAGGAUAUUUUUUUGACGUUAAUUAUAAGUAAUUACUUACGGCGUUAGAUUGUUUUCACACAUAUUUAUUUAUUGUAUAUUGUUCUUUUUUGAAAUGAUGAUAUUAUAUUUUAUACAUAACUUACAAUGACAUGAAUUUAUUAUUUGUUUUAUUAUUUAAGUUAUUUGUAAGUUAUCUCAUGCUCAAAAGUAUUUAAUUUAUUUAGAUGUGUUGUAUAGAUAGUGUUGUUAUUUUUUAUUGAAUAAGUGAAUGUUAGAAGGACGUAUGUAAUAGAUAAUUCUUAAUAUUAGGGAGCUGUAGUUUAGCUGUAAGCGUACAAAUCGGUUUUCUGGGACAAUUUAUUAUGUGAGUAUUGUGCUUUCUUAAUUAUUGUAAUUUUAAGCGCCAGUCGCAGCUUAUAACAAAAACUCUGUUUGAUUUUAAUGAUAUUCUUAUAUUUUGAAGUAAUAAUUAUUAUAUAAGAUUUAAUGAGUCCCGGACAUUAUGCCAAAUUAAUUUAACCAAAAAUAAUGUAUUUUUUAUAGAUGUGUAAAUGUUUUGUGCCCAAGUUGUUUCGCUGUUGUUACUUUGUAUAAUAUAUCGGCCGUCCGUGUGUAACCGUUGUAAUUAAAUAAACUAUAUAACAUUCAAA